CACUUGUAAAUUAAAUCAAAUGGUUCAAAAGAAGAACAUACCUAAUAAAACUGUUGAAUAUUAAUUCUGCUAAAGGCAAGACAUAUGUUAACAUUGAUUUAAUUUUUUGUAUAAUUUUGCAUGAUUUUAAGAUGUUCAAAACAAUUUAUAUAACCAUCUUUCAUAGUAUUACAGAAUAAAAAGUCAGAAUGACUAUGCAUUUAGGAUAUUUCGAUCUUACUGGCUAGUUUUGCAAGGACACAGUGUGCUGUUGAUUAAUCGGUCGCGGUAAUAGAAAAGGAUUACAAUGUUGAUGUUAUAAAUGAAUGAAGGAAAAACAUACUGCUGUGUUUAUACCAGGCUGUUUAACACCACGAACACAAUAUAGCGACAUAUUUUACCUCAUGUACAUUUUUUUUCAUUUGGGAUAGUGCCAGCAAAAGUCUUGACUACCAUCGUUGAGGACGAUCUAAACGAUCAUCACUGGUCAGUCACAGUUGAGGACAAUCUAGACGCUUAAAAUUGAUAACAUAUCGGCGAAGAAAUGGCUGACGAUCAAACCGAGCACGAAUGCCACUUUUCACGUUCCUUUGACAAUAGAAAAUUCAUUUUGGCUCAUCGGAGGAAGCGUCUAAAUAGCGCUCCCACACGAUUUUUGCAGACAGAUCACGAAAUACAUCACGAAAAUACCCGAAAAAACUUGCGUGAUUUAAAGGGUUGUGAACCAUGGAACAAUGGUUCAGGAGAAACUAAACGGGGAAGGCCUGUAUCUUGUACCAGUACACUUUUGAUGGGCGUGCAACAGCUGCAGCAUCAACGAAAACUAAAAGAUAAAGUGACACAAACCAGAAAGAUAAAGCAUGAAAACAUAUACCGUGGUUUACUGAGGAGUUUGUUGCACCCACUUGGUGCCCCAGAUGACACUGUAGGGCUGAGGCCAGGAGAUUUACUGGAUCAUUUGAGGGAGGUAUUUGAGGUGGACCAUGAGGACCAUGAGUUGUAUAUCAUGGAAGAAUCUCCACAUAGGCCAUAUAACAUGCAAGUCAACAUUGUGGUGCUUGAGGCAAAUGGAUUACGCAGUUCAGAUUUUUCAGAAGAUAUCUGCAACUGCUAUUGCUUGUUGACAUUACAUCAUCCAACACGUGGAAAGUCCUCGUUACAAAAUUCACCUAAAAAUAUGUCUCCAAGGCUUUCACCAAGGAAUUCCCACAGAAGCUCACCUAUGACUUCACCUGAGGCUUCGCCAAGGCUACUUUCAAGGAAUGGCUCUCCACAACAUUCUCCACGAACAGCUUCUCCCAUGUUUGGCUCUAAAGGAAACUGUUCAGGGAGUGGGUCCCUAGAUUCAGAGGUUCUGAGGACGAGCACUAUAAAAAACUGCUCUCAUCCAAAGUGGAAUGAAGAAUUUACACUAGAUAUUGAAGAUUAUUUGACGGAUGAAAUUCAAAUUUUCCUCUGCGAUCAUGACCAACAGGUUAAACAAGAAAAACACCACAGUGUUAAGAAUUUCCUUAGUGUACUUAAACACAGCAACAGCAGUGACGGCAGUGAUGGUGAGAAUGGAUAUGUUGGAAAGAUCACUAUCCCAAUAAGGGAGAUCGCAGCAUUAGGAUCUGAUGACUGGUAUGAUAUAAUGGUAAUGGGGGCAAAAGGCAGGACUAGAGCCAUCGGAAAAUGCCAUUUGAAAAUGGGCAUCUCCUACAAACAGGACUUUGAAGAUGUUUGUCAGUUCUCAAGUGAGGAUUACUAUCAGGCCUAUCGUCAGUUUCUGCAGUACACAUACAGGAAGUCGAAGGCUUCAAGAAGUAUCGCAGACAUUUAUGGGUCAUUGACCCUGAAAGAUCACAGAAUAUUGCAGAUGUUUGCUGAGGCUCACAGAAUCUCAAAACUCUCUCAGGCUAUUGUGAAUGUGAUAUGCUUGUUAGAGAUGCAGAGCGAGGAAGGAUACCUUGAACUUGGAGAAGGAAAUCUUCAUGUUGCCCUUGACAACCUUCGGAUGACAUGGGCCACAAUGCAGAUUGGGCAGAAAAAUCUGCUGGACAGAAUGCCGCUCACUGAUAUUGAGAUAUCUAACUACAGGAAAGUAGCAGCAAAAUACAUUCAUCAGAAAGGUGACAUUGUCUUUGAUCUACCUGAAUUGUUUCCACCUACGUUAGAAAAUCUCAACAUCAUGAAGUCGAAACUAAGUGCCAUAGUACAGCUACUUGGUUUGGAUCUUUGGCAACCUGAUUGCGAAGCAAAGAAGGAAAUAUCGGAAAAAAUCGUGAAAAAAUUACAAGAGGAUGCUAGUCGUUGGAUUGAUGAAGAAUUAGGCGAUAUUGAAGAAAGAAGUCCGGAGAUUAAAGACAAAGUCUUACCUGAGAUUGAAAGACUGACCAAUUUGGUUGAUGUGGUCAACUCCCACUGUACAGUGUUACCUGUAUUGAAACAGUUCUACCACAACUUUUCCAUCAAUUACUACAGGCUGGUGAGCUUCGCCGUGGAGAAAAAGAUUUCUACAAUGUGUGUGACUAUAAUGGAGAAAAUGAACACCUACAAGAAACGGUACAACAGUUAUCCUGUAAACAUUAUGCUGGCAAGCAGGCAGACCCUUCGACUUUAUUUCUCUACCAGGAAACUACACUUAACAAUCAGAGACAAUAUUAGUAGAAGAGAUGUGUUCAGAUUAAACAUACACCACUACCAGGAGUGGUUUGAAGUCUCUAUGGUGUACUGGCUACAAACGUUCAAAUCAGAGUGUAUACAGAGGAUGGAAAAAGCUCUUGAAAUCGAUAAGGAUGUUGUAGUUGUCACAAAUCUAGUCAAAUACUCGCAUUCAUCAGUAGAUGUGCUCUCCUGCUUUUCUCAGGUGAUUGAAGAAUGGAGAAAGAUUGAUUUCCGAGAUCCAGAUUGUGCUGUGAUAGGAGUUACAAAAAUUACAGAUAUAAUUUGUGAUGGUGCAAGGUUGUAUGCAGAAAAGAUUCACACAAUUUUGGAGAGGAAUUGUUACUAUGACGAUAAACUCAAUGCUGAGUUUGAUGUUAAUGACAGGUUGUGUAUUACGUUGAACAACAUAGAACAUGUACGCAUGUACCUCAGCGGGUUGCCGAGCCUUCUAGCAUGGGACAAUGUAGUUAUGAUGAUAUCUACACGUUAUGAUAAUGACAGUACUGGGAAUCAGGCACUGGCUACACUUCAACGUCUUGUUGAUUUGUCAAAUGAUGAAAUCUUGAUAAAAAGUGCAAAAUUGUUGGAACAGAUCUGCGAGAAGAUGAAGGUUGAUAUUGAGCGCUACAUGGAGAUAUUUACAAAGAAAGAACCCAAGAAAGUGUCUUCUGUGGACAAAUUUCUUGGGUAUUUGAAUACAAAUCUACAAACGUUGAACAGUCAGCUGAUGCCAGAUAUCUAUCCAUAUGUGAAUGAGCAAUUGUGGGAACUUAUACUAAAAUCCCUCAACAAGCAACUUCUCACUGGGCAACAGCUGGAUUAUUACGACAAAAUGAAGAUGCAUCUUCGGGCCAUCACAUAUUUCUUCCAGCGUACAGGGCUAGGGGAACAACAACUGUACAACACAUUGUAUGAUGAUUUCAAAACGAGGCUGGAUGACAAUUCAAAGAAAUCGGAGGAACUCAUGCUUCAGUACUACAAUCACCUGGCAACAGAUGUUGUAACUCCUACAGAAUGUUAUGGACACCUUGCCUUUAAAGCAGCCUAUAUGGAAGAAACACGAGGAAAUGUUACCAUCUACGUUACAGUGCUGCGAGGAAAUGACUUACCUGGACUUGAUGCCUCGGGCUACAGUGACCCGUAUGUGGAAGUCAGUUUACAGCCCCACCGAUUAUUUGGCUUCUCAAGAUGUCAGAAGACGCAUGUUGUUAAACAGACAUUGAAUCCAGUGUUCAAUAUAACAUUUCAGUUCCCAAAUGUAUCGAAAGAGGCUCUGAACAAACCGGGGACAUGUAUUCUGUUUUCUGUGUUUGAUCAUGACACAAUUGGUAGGGACGACUUCGCUGGCGAGGUGGUAGUUCACAUGCCGACAAUUCUGAAGAUUGGGAUGGACAAAUCAAUGGAUCGUAUGCCAGCCAUCAUCAUGCCAUUAAAGCGUCCAAAACGACCUUUGGAAGGACCUUUUACUAUAUUAGCUCAAAGAGACUGGGACAAAGAUGCAAAGAAAUUCAUUUACGAUCGCUCGCGCUUCAUUGAUCACCAGCCAAAGCGUACAGACAAAUACAACAAUGCAGGAAAAGGAUUUUUCUCAAACUUCUUUGCAAACCUGUCCUGAUUGUUAAAGAGUUGUGAGGUUUUACUUGAUGUUCAUUUGACCAAAAUGUAGACCAGAGUAUUUGUGUGUGAAAUGGCACUUAUUGCUGACUAUAAAACAUUAAAAAACAAGCCUACAUAAAAAGCCUCAAGUAAAUUUGACCUUAAUCGUUUAUCUGAAGGUUAGAAAGUGGCUGUAAAGUAAAGACAUGUUCAAAUUUAUCAUUAGUGUUUGAUACAAAUAUUGAAUUACAUCAAGUAGGUUAUUUUGUGACAGGCAAGUCUUUAUGAAAACAUGGAUGCCUUUAGUAUAUACAAGAAAGAAUGUUAUUUAUGUUGUUAGUCUACCAGUGGUCUGUCACUGUAGAGGAAUGAUGGUUUGCUAGCCAUCUGGUAAUGUUUUUGUUUUAUUUAAAAAUGCAGUUGCUAUGACAUCGAAAUGUUCUGCAUGUCUUACUACAGUUAUCAAAGGGUAAAUAGUGCAUAUAAAAGUGUACAUCUAAAACACAUUCCAGUAGAGGACAUUUAUCACUGUUCAGUAGUAUUUGUAGGACUUAAACUGUGCAAUAUAACUGUUAAAAUGACAAUAUGUUUUUUCCCCCUCUGUGCCUAUAUCUUAUAAUUAAGGCACAUAGAAUUUUUAUAAGAAAAUUUUUUUGAAAAAAAAAAAAAAAAGAAUAGUAGAAAAAUGUUGCCAAUGUAGGCAAUUGGUAACCAUUUUUUAACUAGCUGGCGGCUCACCAACCGGUCUAUCAUCAGUAACAAGAUCCGCCUCUGACAUGGCUAGAACCUACGACCUCCCGAUUGUGGGGCAGGUACCUUAUCCAUUAGGCCACCGCAGCUGUAUGUUGUUUGUAUAAUAAAUGAGAUAGAAGGCCAACAUCUAUUCAUAUCAGGAAUAAAUUUCCUUUAAAGCCAAAUAAAAAAAAAAUGAGAAAAAGCAUAAUUGUUGUCCCCCUCUUAAUUAGCUCAUGCUUAUAUGAGCCGUGCCAUGAGAAAACCAACAUAGUGGGUUUGCGACCAGCAUGGAUCCAGACCAGCCUGCGCAUCCGCGCAGUCUGGUCAGGCUCCAUGCUGUUCGCUUUUAAAGCCUAUUGGAAUUGGAGAAACUGUUAGGGAACAGGAUGGAUCCUGACCAGACUGCGCGGAUGUGCAGGCUGGUCUGGAUCCAUGCUGGUCGCACACCCACUAUGUUGGUUUUCCCAUGGCAUGGCUCAUACAGUUUCACAAACUACCAAACAUUAGGGUCACUGAAUGAAAUUGAACUUACUGUACAGGCAUUAAAUGGGAAAAAAUGUUACUGUACCUGCUAUUAGUAGUGUAGUACUUGAAUACCUUGUGCAAUAUGUUAAAUGUUGAGUUGUGAAUGUGUAAUUUAUCAGAGUGUGUUUGAAUGAGUUUUAAAUUGAAAUGUUUAUCCCAUUUUUAUGAAAUUAUUAAUUCUGAAAUGUUUAUGCCAUUGUUAUGAAAUUAUUGAUUUUAUAUUGGUUGUGAAACAAAUGCUCAUCUUACUUUUAGCCAUGCUCAAUAUUUGAGCUGUGCCAUGAGAAAACCAACAUAGUGGG